CCAGUUCACUAAUAGCGUCCGAACGAUCAUCAAAGAACGACGAACGAACAAUCGUUGCCAAGUAAACAAAUACCGCGUGUGUCCUGUGUUCAGUGAAGCCCUCCGACACGGAUUAAUUAUUUCAACAAUGGUGCAGUGAGUGAUGUGAGGCGAUGCUUUCUUACAUGGUCCCCUCGGUAGAGGAUAAACCUCCACCGGUACCGAAGGGUCACCUCCAGUUGGAGUUGCAGGACCAAACGCCGAUCAUAAACGGCCACCCGCCGAAAAGGAUAAUCAAAACACAAAGCAAAACAUCAACUAUAUCCGCGGAAAGUAGCGCCAGCAGUCUGAGCUCGGUGCUUAGCGAAGUACCAGGGACACACAACAACACUCCGUCCCAGGACAAGCCUAAGAACAAGCUAAUUACAAAUGGUGCCGUCAAACACCCAACACUUAAAAGGGUUUCGUUUGGAAGUUCUAAAGGUUCCAUGGUGGAAACGUUAAUAUACGAAAGCCCUCUUCAAGAAGAACCAGAAUUAAGCCCGUCCGGUGACCAAGCUUCUGUCGACAGCAAUCAAGGGUCUGACAGCAGCAAGGCGUCCAAAGUCCGAGUGACCUUUUUCGAGUGCGAAAAACCGCAAGUGGUGAGCUCCCCCGAGCCUGGAGAACUGUUAGACGAUUUGGAUGUGCCCGUAACCAUGUCCGCUCCAAUUACAGACAUACAUGCCUACCAAAGGCAAGCGAGUACGGAUAGCGGCUGGGACAAUCCUUUUAGGCCUGAUGGAGAUCUCUCAAGGGAAGCAGAUGAGAUCGUUGAAUUAAUCAAAGGAGGAAAGCCAAUAACGCCUACACCCGUCAACGGAGAAGCUCCUAAGCUGCCAGACGUAACGCAAGAAAACGGAAAAUUACCGUCACCUGUUAAAGCGACAGAGCUCAACGCAACUCCUAAAGGUGCAAAUGGUACUAAGCCUCUGAGCAACGGUGACAAAGCAGCCCCUGGGCAGGUCGAACUCCAGAGGGUGACGAUCGUUCCUCCGAGUGACGCAUCACAAAUCGAACAUGUCAACCUGAAGAAGAAACCCAAGUGUAAAUGUUGUGUGAUCCAGUGAACUUGACAGAAUUGAAUAACGAAGGCGUUUUCAUAUAUUUCUUGCUUCGCUUGCAAAAGAAGAGAGGACUAUGAAAUUGAAAUCUUUAAACGGAAAUUAGUUCCAACUAACGCUAAGAGUCUAAAGAAAAAUCAUAUUCUUUGUUUCACCAUAUUUGUUAUGUAAAUGAUUGUUGUAUUUUAACAAUGUAUUUGAUCAACAUGUGUUGCUGUUAAUUAACGUCUUGCUAUUUGCAGAUUGAUCACUCUUCAGUUCAUAUUCUUCAAGUUAUAAUUUUAAUUUAAACCAGUGAUAUUGGUAACCGAUAAUUUAAAGUACUUCCUUGACCAAAAUCAAUUUUAAUUUAUGAAUGAAGCACAACCUCAGUUGAGUUUCUUGUUUUUUGUUUUGUUUUUUAACAAGUUCUUUAACAAUGGAAAUUCUAAUUCUAAUAUUUGAUAUAUUGACUUAAAUAUAUUUUUAUACUUUUUCAGAUACAUCCAUGUUAGAGAAAACGUUUUGGGAAUAAUUCGCUACAGUAUUAUUUUAUUUGUGAUUUGACAUUUUUUUGUUUUUGUUUUAUUUGGUCUUUAAGAAAUUCUAAGUAAAAAAAAUAAAAGGGUUACAAAUUUAAUCAAAUGGAAAAAAAAUCCUGUACAUACAUUUAUGAACAUAGUGAGAGCAUAAGUAA